AUGACGAAGGUACAUCCAAACGCAAGCGGUGGUGCAUGUGUGAGUGAGGCGGAGAGGUCAAAAAGUAUUAGUGGUGGCGACGCAGUGGUCCUCACGGUGUGGAAGAAGUCUCUCUUGCCAAACUGCAAUGGAUUCACCGUUUUCGACGCUAGAGGGGAUCUGGUGUUUAGGGUCGAUAACUACAUUGCACGGAAUAAGCGUCACAUACUUCUCAUGGACGCUGCCGGCACACCUCUCCUCACCAUCCGCCGCAAGAGGCUAAGCUUCGGAGACACCUGGCUCGUGUUUGAGGGAGAGGAUGACUCCCUCAAACCACUUUUCACGGCGAGGAAGAAUGUCAACAUCCUCAACAAGUGUUUGGCCCAAGUCUUCAGCUCUUCCGGAACGGGAACAGGAACUAUGAAGAAGGAAGUUGCAUAUGAGAUGGAGGGGUCAUACGUCCAACGUUGCUGCACGUUUUACAACAACAAUAGGAGAAAAGUUGCAGAGAUCAAGAUGAAAGAAGCUGCGGCAGGAGGUGUAGCUUUUGGCGCAGACAUCUUCCGCCUCAUCGUACAGCCUCACAUGGACACCGCUCUCGCCAUGGCCUUUCUCAUCCUCCUUCAUCACAUGUUUGGAUCUCGUUGA